AUGCCCGCCUACCUGGCCAGCCGUGAAAAUACUGUCGUCAUGCUCACUAGCAAAACGGUUGACGCAUACAACGCUUUGACACUAGAGCAUAACAAGAAGUUUGUUCCCGCUCCAACCAUCAUUCUGGACGCGGAAGACAGUGUGGAGGAUUCACAUCGCACGCCCGAACCGACGCCACUACGGGAGGUAUGUCUGACCAUUACUCUAGACGACCUACCGUACGAUCCCUGCGAAGGCUGGAUUUUUGGGAGCGACCCGGAGUCGUGUUUUGUGGUACUAAAUGAGCGACCAUCUGGUGGGGGCAUUAGUGCAAAGCACUUCAGCUUAGACUACAACUGGGAGAAUGGGUCACUCAUACUGAACGACUUGUCAUCCCAUGGAACAGUUGUGAUAUCCAGAGUUUUCGGUGACCAUACCCUGCGCAGAAAUUCUCUUCCUAUCAACACGGGUGACAUCAUCCAAGCGAGUCUUGUGCGUCUAGAAGUGUGCAUACCAGACCGCGGAUUACAAAAGGGAGCCUUUGAAAGAAAGUGGCACACCUGCAGAGCUGAACGAGAACAAGCUAUUCCUCGGAUCGGGAAUCUAGUCAUAGAGCGCCCGGCACCUUCAACAGCCUUUGACACCAACAAACUCGGCCUUUCAGACCCAAUCGGUUCCGGGUCUUUCUCUGAAGUGCGCCGAGCUAUUGACUGUCGUGGGAAUAUCUUCGCUGUCAAGAUUUUCAAGUCGGCCCCUCGCGACCCCAAAUACCUUCAUUCGGAGCAAAAGAUCCUGAGGGAAUUGAAUCAUGAGAACAUCAUCCGUAUUUUUGACGACAAAUUUGUGGACUCUCUGAAGACAAAGGGUACCCCGUAUUUCGUCCUGGAAUACUGUCAAGAGGGCUCCUUGUCUUCUAAAGGAUUAUUGGGUCCGUUGGAAACAACUGUAGUAAUGGGGCAAGUUUGCGACGGUGUUGAGUAUAUGCAUUCGAAAGGCCUAGUCCACCGGGACUUGAAACCUGAGAACGUACUCCUCACUUCUUGGGCUCCAGCACGGGUCAAGAUUGGGGACUUCGGGCUAGCUCAAGAUGAGAAGAUUCUUCAGACAUUUUGUGGCACGCCCAUGUUCGUCGCACCAGAAAUAUGCUACGACAUGGCCCUUCAUCAUUCCAAGUCGGACGACACAUCUUCCACCAUGUCAACCAUCAUUUUGCGUACCACAGACGAUUCGCCCGGUCCAGGAGGCAUGCAAGCGUCGACUGCCAAAUACUCGAACAGAGUCGAUGUUUGGUCUAUUCUUGUCAUGAUGUUGUUUUACGCACGAGAGGGUAACCUCCCGGAUGACUGUAGCUUGGCAAACAUCAGGCAAUAUCAUACAGAGAUCUUGGAAUACUCCCAAAAACCGGUGAAGCCGACAUGGAGUCGCCAUAUCGAUCUGGUGAGACAUUCUAUCGCGCUCAACCCGCUCGAGCGUCCCAGUAUUCAGCAACUUCAAACUGGCUUUUCAAAGCUUCGAGAUUCUGGAACGGCAGAUCCAACUGGUGUCCAUGACGCCUGA